GGGCGUACAUACUGAAUGUUAAGCAAAGCGGGGAGAGUGAGAGGGACAGUGAGGCGGCAGCAGCAACAUGUAGCCACGCUGUGUGGAUCACAGCUGCACACUGCCUCAGCGUCUGCGUCUUUUCAUGGACGCGCGUCUGUCUCCGUCCGUCUGUGUGUGUGUGUGUGUUUGUGUCUACAUGUGUGUGUGAGUCUGGGGGUGGGGGUGGUGGAGGUGUGACAUGACGUGUUUGGGCUGGGCUCCCAGGACGUGAUCCCGCCACUUUGAUCGGAGGAUGUCCGGCGGAGGGAUGGACGGAUGGAGUGAGCCAGCAGCGCGCGACGGAGGAGAAGGAGGAGACGAGCCUGGCGCACACUGGUCUCCUCGCCUCAUCAGGUGAAACGUAGCGACAGCCGGGCCCCUCCCCUCUCCUUCCCCCGCCAGCGGUCACGACCCUCCCUCCUAAUCCCUGCCUGGCCUCACCUGCUAAACCCGAUCCGACAGCGACCACUGGCCCCGCCUUUACCCCAUGGUGGCCCCAAGGCCCGCCUCUCACCUUUCACUGCUGUUGGCUGUCCUGGCCUGUACGGGGCCUGUCCGCCCCUCGCCCCCCCUGCUGCUCCGGCCCCGGGAGAGAGAGAGGGACUCGGGUGGCGUCAACAUCGCCGUGGUCCACUCUGGCUCCUCCCUGCUCCCGGAGACGGCCGCGGUGGGAGGCGCGGGGGCCGGUGAGUCGGGGCCGGGGCAGGGGCCCGGUCUCGGAAACGGCCCAGGAGGUGGCGGCGGCGGCGGCGGAGAAAGGGGAGUGAUGGAUACAGCCUCGUUGUCUGGAGCGGUGGCCAUGGCGGCGUUCUCCUCAUCCUCCUCGCUAGCGGCGCUGGUCGGGGAGCUGGUGAUGACGCCGUCGGGCCAAGCUAACGUGAUCUACCUGGCGGUGAACGAAAGCAGCCCAGGAAGUCUCCUGUUGCAGUUGUGUGAGCUGCUGGCCACCACGCCGCUGCAGGGUUUAGUUUUUGAGGAGGAGAGGCCGCCACCACCCAACCGCGCUCCCCUGGCCCCUAUGCUGGAGUUUGUCUCGGCCCAGACUGGCGUUCCCGUGGUGGCGGUAGGGGGAGGGGCCAGCCUGGGAAGAGAACCGCAGGAGAGCGGCUCCAUCUACCUGCAGUUCACCUGCUCCACCUCGCUGCAGCUGGAGGUCAUCUUUGAGGUUCUGGAGGAGUACGACUGGACCGUCUUCUCGGUGGUCACCACGCGUCACCAUGGUUACGAGGACUUCCUGGACAUGGUGGAGGGAAUGACGGACGGCUCCUUCAUCGGCUGGGAGAGGAAGAGCGUGGUCAUCCUCAACGUCACCGACGAUCCGGGCGGAGCGCGGACCAAACGUCUGCUGAAAGAAAACGAAGCCCAGGUCCGUUUGCUGUACUGCUCCUUGGAGGAGGCUGAGCUGGUGUUCCGGGCGGCCUGGGCGGCGGGGCAGGCCGGUCCCAGUCACAUGUGGUUCGCGGUGGGCCCGGCCCUGUCGGGACUGGGCCUGGAGGGGCUGCCUAAGGCCUUGUUCGCCAUCCGACCUCAGGGCUGGAGGGACGAGCCACGCAGGCGCAUCGCCAAGGGUGUCUCCGUGCUGACUCAUGGGGCGAUGGCGCUGCGUCGAGACCAGGGGGCCCCCGGCCGCGCUCAGUACGCCGGCAACUGCCAGAGCGAAGGGAAUCAGACCCAGCGAGUGGCUGGCAGAAUCAGGUACUUCACCAACAUCUCCAUCGGGGGUCGGGACUACUCCUUCAACAACGACGGCUACCUGUCCAACCCGCUGCUCGACGUCAUCUCCUACAACAAUGGGCGAGGAUGGGAAGAGGUUGGCUCAUGGGAGAACGGCCACCUGCGGCUUCGAUACCACCCUUGGUCACGUUACGGCUCCUUCCUGAAGCCGCUUGACGACGCCCAGCACCUGCGCGUGGUCACACUGGAGGAGAGGCCCUUUGUCAUCGUGGAGCCGGCCGACCCGGGUACAAGUUCUUGCAUUCGGGACUCGGUGCCCUGCCGCAUGCCUCUCAACUCCAGCGUGCCGGUGGACAGCAGCGCCCCUAUGAAGCACUGCUGCAAAGGCUUCUGCAUCGACGUGCUCAAGAGGCUGGCCAAGAUUGUGGGCUUCACCUACGACCUUUACUUGGUCACCAACGGCCGACACGGCAAGAACAUCGACGGGGAGUGGAACGGCAUGGUGGGGGAGGUGGUGUCCAACAGGGCCGACAUGGCCAUCGGCUCGCUCACCAUCAACGAGGAGCGCUCGGAGGUGGUGGAGUUCUCUGUUCCCUUCGUGGAGACGGGCAUCAGCGUGAUGGUUUCCCGCAGCAACGGCACCGUGUCGCCGUCUGCUUUCCUCGAGCCAUACAGCCCCGCCGUGUGGGUGAUGAUGUUCGUCAUGUGUUUGUCGGUGGUGGCUGUCACAGUCUUCAUUUUUGAGUUCUUCAGUCCGGUCGGUUACAACCGCAGCCUGCAAAGCGCCAAAAAGUCAGGCGGAUCCAAGUUCACCAUCGGCAAGUCUGUCUGGCUUUUGUGGGCGUUGGUGUUCAACAACUCAGUGCCUGUGGAGAACCCCAGAGGAACAACCAGCAAGAUCAUGGUGCUGGUUUGGGCCUUCUUUGCUGUCAUUUUCCUGGCGUCCUACACCGCAAACCUGGCCGCAUUCAUGAUCCAGGAGGAGUACAUCGACACUGUGUCGGGACUCUCGGACAAGAAGUUCCAGCAGCCCACUGAGCAGUACCCCCCUCUUCGCUUUGGUACCGUGCCCAACGGCAGCACAGAAGAGAAUAUCCGUUCCAACUAUCCCAACAUGCAUCAGUACAUGAUCCGAAACAACCAGAAAGGGGUGGAGGAGGCCAUUGAUAAUCUCAAAACAGGGAAACUGGACGCUUUCAUCUACGACGCUGCAGUGCUCAACUACAUGGCCAGGAAGGAUGAAGGCUGCAAGGUGAUGACCAUCGGCUCCGGCAAGGUGUUUGCCACCACGGGUUACGGCAUCGCCCUGCACAAAAACUCCCGCUGGAAAAGACCGCUGGACCUGGCACUGUUGCAGCUGGUGGGAGACGAUGAGAUCGAUAUGCUGGAACGUCUUUGGCUGUCUGGCAUCUGCCACAACGAUAAGAUCGAGGUGAUGAGCAGUAAGCUGGACAUUGACAACAUGGCGGGGGUCUUCUACAUGCUACUGGUGGCCAUGGGUCUCAGUCUGCUGGUGUUCGCCUGGGAACAUUUGGUCUACUGGAAGCUUCGACACUGCGUGAAGAGAUCUGGCGGGAUGGACUUCCUCUUGGCUCUCAGCAGGGGGAUGUACAGCUGCUGUCAGUUUGAAGAUGAGACAGUGCCAGGGGCCAGAAAAAGUUCUCUGCCACACUACCACUCAGUGACCAACAUGCCCACCGUAGCCCAGCAGCACCUGGUUACAGCCACAGUAAACAACACCGCUGCUAUCGCCAUGGUGCAGCAACAGCCGCCAAAGCAUGCCCAAAAGCAGCCACAGGGGCAGACCUACACCACAAUGCUGCCAGGGUCGCCGCCGCCCAUAGGACAUUCGGCAGUAGCUCUUGGACCCUCAAACAGUCCUCUUUUUGAAGGCCCCAUGCCCUGCUCGACCUUCCUGCCUCGCCAUGACCGCAGACUUGCAGUUGUAGAUCGCUGGAACAGACCGAAACCAGAAAAGGUCACAAGCUCAGGCAGUGGUGCGAGUUUGGGUGUUGGGGGGAUAGCCGGAGGCAUCACUGAACUCCAGGCCCAGUACCAGCAUAACCUGGGACAACACUGGAAAAUGCAUGGGGGAGUGGGUGACAGCAGGCUUGAUGAGUAUAAGCGUUACUAUGGUCCUAUUGAUCCAGAGGGGCUGGUGGCAAACUCAGACCAACAGAUAGGAGGCACCCAGCAGACCCCCCAAGCUAAUCCCAGAGGACUCAAAGCCCCUGGAAUGCUACGCCAGCCUCCAAAAGGCCUCGGACCCUCAAUCAGUAAGCCUCCACCGCCAAUCCCAUCUUCUCCACGAAGGCCUCCCUUCUGGAGACGUGGAAGCCUUGCUCAGGCGAGGAGAAAGAGCUCAGGAGGUCCUCUUUAUGAGAACAUCCUCCCUUUGGGGAGGAGAGGAGGUGGCAGGUAUGGCGGAAGUGAAGUAGGGGGAAGGAGGGCACGACGUCCACCGCCUCCCCCUCUGCUAGUCCCUUUCUCCUCCCCAACACAUACCCCUACCACGCCCUUAUCCCCUAGCCAUUUUUACUCCACCGGCUCCAGCGCCUCAUCAUCUCCCUCUUCGUCCACAUCUUCCUCGUCCUCUUCUUCAUCCUCUGCCUCCGUUUCCCGCUCCAAUUCCCCAUCUUCUUCUUGUUCCAGCGACAGCUCGUACAACUCCUCAUUGAGCUUCCGCUAUCGAGCAGGGGACCGCGAUUUCACAGUAGAGGACGACUACGACUCCGAUCUACUCACAGAAGAGUCCAGUCUUCUCCUGGGGUCACGGCAGAAGAUUCGCUCCCGUCGUAUGUCAUCGCGCUCACUGCCAUGCAGCCCACCACCUGUCCCACCUCGCAAGCCACGUCCCCAGAGAGAAUAUGGCCGCGAGAGAAGGAGCAGCCAGCUGGCACAGUUGCAAGAGUGGUGGGCGUCUUGGGGUGACAGAGAAAGGGGGAGGUCGGGGAACACCAACCAGGGGGAUACAACAGGGGUGCGAGAUGAAAAGAGGCAACGCAAAGAGAGGGAUCGUGAGAACAAAAGGAGAAAGAAAGGUAGGAAAAAGAAGAAGAGGGAGGACAGGGAGAGAGAAAGGGAGCGCAAGCGGCGCAAAGCCAAGAAGAAAAAAAAGAAAGAGGAAAAAUUUAAGAAAAAGGAGAGAAAGAGGUCAGAGCAGGAGGGAGGAGAUACUGACAAAAGAGAGGAGGCCAAACCAGGCACACCUGACUACCCGUCGUACCUGCACCUGAGGAGAGAGUCUUUUCGCAAAAAGAGUGAGAGCUCAGUCAAAAGCUACGGAUGGAACAUUCCGGGCGAAGACGAUAGAAAGGAAAGAGAUGAAAGAGAUGAUGGAAAGGAGAGGCACCACAGACGCAGGGACAGCAAACAUUAUCAUACCUCCAGCAAUAAGCCUUCAACAUCUGUCAAGUUCUGGGGAGGGAACAUCUCUGACACAAUUCCUUCGACUUUCCUUCCCUUGUUACCUGUCUCCUCGAAACGUAGGAAAAGUAAAAGCUCAGACAGGGAUGCUGUGGGCGUAGAAGGGGAAAGGAAACCAUUGCUGGGACGGAAUGGCAGAGGUGAAAUGCACUCUAAGGAGGGUUUGUCCUUCCAUGAGUGGGGGUCAGAAAUAGAAGAAGAUGAAGAGUCUGAUCAAGAGAGGAGAAAAGACGCGGGUGUGAAAAGGCAAGCUCGGACCUUGUCUGACGAGGAAAGAGAGCGUGACAAGGUGGUGGGGAUAUACUCUGAUGACGAGGGCUCUUCUGGGGAGUUUGGGAAGUUUGAAAGGUAUUGGGAUGAUCAUGACGGCAGGGGGGUGGGAGGCAUUGGAGGUGGUGGGUGGUUUUUUAGCACCUUCCCCUCCAGGGACAAAGCUGGCAGCAUCAACAGUAGAGAUGAUUUGUUCCUGGAGCGAGGAGAGAGGUGGGGUACAAGAGAAAGUGGAUGGGGUCCAAGGGAAAGAGGGUGGGGGUCAGGGUCGCACUGGCCACCAUCUCCACUCACACCCCCACCACCGCGACGAUACUGGUCAGUGGACAAGCUCCACAUUCAGGAUGAGAAGAAGAAGAAACGGAAGUCGAAGAGCAACAGCAGAGGAAAUCCGGGGUGUUCUUCCUGCCAAUCCCACAGGGACCACCCACCUUCAACUAAGUGGGCUCGCAUCACCUCCCGCAGCCAAGAAGAGCUCUACCCCCACUGCCAGAAGCCUAAACAUGACUCUUCAUCCUCCUCCAAGCCAGAUCGUUCACAGAAUACGUCAAAAUCCAUAAGUCAGUUGAACCUUAGCAUUCAGCAGCGGGCGCAGAGAACAGAGAGAGACAGAGGGAGACUCGAAUCCCCACCUUCUAACUUACCAGCCCAACUUCCUGCCCUUCAAGCGCCUCCAACCUCAGCUCACCCAAUCCAUGUUGCCCCUCCUACCUCUUCUUCCUCAGUGUCCUCACCGUCCGUGGUGUCGUCCACUCCGGGAGCCCCUCAGCCUUCUUCCAUCGCUUCUGCAAGUGCCAAAUUGCAGUACCAGAGAUUGCGCUCUGUUCCUCAGCCUCAGAGGUUCCCUCAGUCUCCUCUGUUGCCCCUGAAAGCCACGGCGCUCUGCUCACGAAGGGGCUCAGCCCAUUUCUCCAGCGUGGAGAGUGAGGUGUGAUGGUAGCAGGAUGUCAUAGGUCAGAAAAUACACUCAGUCCUCUCUGAGGCUCCGCACAAAACAAGCAGAUACAAAACAAGCUCUUUCAUUCCUCUCGGAACAAAACCCACACAAACAUUUUGCAUUAUAAGUGGGGUAAUCAAUCAUCCCAGCUGAAGGACACUCCUUUGCUACAGACAGUAAAGGGCUUUGGGUGUUGGAGCAAAACAGUCAUUUGUAUUCAUCAUGCUUACUGAGGGCUCAGGAACUUUCUAGUACUGUAUGCCUGCCGCUCCUGGAAGCCUUUAACACAACACUGUUCUUCUUUGCCCCUUAAAAAAAUGCGUAUCCCUAUUUCCCCUGAAAAACUGUUUACACACCCACAGAACUGUGAUGCCCAUCGGAGGCACGUUCUCUCAUUGUGUGUAAUCAAUACCUUCUUGUUUGGAGGGAGAGAAGCCUGUUAACUUUGUUUGCCAUAUUGUCUCCUUCAUCUCGAACGUUCUCUGCUUUACUUCCUCCCGCCUCGUUAACUGUCGCCAUCUUCUCUCCUCGAUGUGAUUCUCGCGUCUUUGUGCUUUUCUGUGUUUGUAUACUGACAACAGGGUAAGUCAAAUGUGACUGCUGGCUUCAUCAACAGUCUUAGCGCUCCUAAGUAGGCGCGUACACGCACUGGCACACGCAUUCAAGGGCACAUAUUACACGCUAGGACGCUAAGUAAAGUCUCCUCAUCUCCUGUUUCCCGAGCAAUACAUCCUUCACCCUAUGUUGGCAUACGUGUUUGAUUUUAACAGCUUUGUGUUCCUCCUGUGUUGUCGUCGUUAUUGAUGUUGAUCUAUAUGAAUCUAUAUACAGUAUCGAGAAAUGUAUUGAGUCUAAUACAAUGUAAGCACUGUGCCAUACGACUCAAGUUUGAGUUCCCGUAAAACAUUCGCCGGACUACCUACUGUAAGUACGACAGCAGAAGCCCCUCGUAUUCGACUGAAUGUAAAGUCAGCCACCCACGUGUGUGCUGCCACAAGUAACACAAUUGAAAACGGACUGUAGCGUUACAGCAAGGAUAACCUGGUUAAGUUAAUAUGGUGACUAUUGAGGGUUGGGUUGCCAACUGUCCCGUAUUUAGAAACAGAAAGACCCAUCUCUUAAACCUGAGAAGGGACGCACCACAGUAUGUUCUGUAAUAUAGUGAGGAUAAAAAUAUUUUAUAAAAUGUUAAUGGAUUCGAAUAACUAACACCUUGCCAAAAGAAGUAAUUUUGUUGGAUCAGAGCUCAUUUUUAUCAAUCGGGUCGGCCGAUCUUUCUGGUCAACAAGUUCACCCUUAUUUAUUUUUCAGGGAGUUGGCAACCCAAAUCGAGGACUGUAAGAGUUAGCAGCUUUUCAAGAUCGAGAUAGCAACCCAUAUUUGUAGAGCAUUAGCAUGACAGCAAGCGUCUGCUAGACUGCUACACAGUUAAAAAAGGCCAAGGGUUGUUGCAGGGAAACGUGUACAUGUAGCCUUAUGCUGCUCCUGCCAUAUGUACGAAGGGUUAAGUUCUGUUUGGAGUGUGUAAACUAUUUUAAUCAAUACACUUAUCAUUACAUGGAAGUGCCGUUCUGAUGUCAGAGACAGUGCCUAUGUGGAAUGCUAGCGAGCAGCGUAGUGGUGUACGGGAUGAAUAAAACAGCGGCGCCUCCUGUGAACUUUUUAAACUAUUUCUCACCUUAGCAAGCACGUUUUUUUUUUUUAACCCGCGAGCGAGCUGACACCAGUAGCUACACUCCAGCGAAUAACACGCCCGAGUAGCUAGCUAGUUGCGCAAUGCCGGAAACGAGCAGAAUGCUUUAGACGCUUUACAUGUUGAGUUUGCCUGGAACUGCAUCUGAGCCAUUAUUUACAGGAACAGGAGAGCUUGGUGCAAAAAUUUCAUUUGCCUAAAUUUAAGUAUACAUACAUAUAUUUACUUAUAUAUGUAUCUGUGGCAGUGCUGUUAUAGUUUUUUCAUCAUUAUACCACAAAAAUGGACCUCCAAUAAGACUGACUUCCCCAAAGGGUAAAUUUAAAAAUAUAUAAAGAAGCAGUUCUUACUUUGGCCAGCAAGUGGUAUUAGUUUGCGUUUAAAAAGGGACGCCAUUUGCCCUGCUUUGUUUUGGUCAUUAUGGUCCUCUGCACUUGUAAUGCUUUAAAAAAGAAAAAAAGAAAAGAAAAUGUGUGAUCUAUUUGUCUAGAUAUAUAUGAUAGUAUAUGUUCUAUAAUAAGUUUGUCAUUAAUCUGAAUGAUAUUUUUGUGUGUUUGUCCCUGGACCCUUUGAGUCCCCGCCACAAAGACCACCAUAACUGUUCUUGCUUGAGGUUGUUAGCCAGUGCCGGUUGUGGGGGAGGGGCGCCAGUGUCUUAUGACCAUGUCACUGUCGCGGCGGUGGCGAGCGGCAUUUUCCCACCUUGAGGGGCCUUUUCUCUACGCUAUAUGUCAUUUUGAGAAUAAAGCAGCUUUUUAACCACACGCCCUCUAAACGGCAUGUAGCGAGCCACCUUUUUGCAUACGCCAUCGCUUAGCUGUGACGCCACGCCCCCUUCACUGCCCCGCCAAACAUAUGGACUUGCGUUGUCCCGCCCAUCUGCUUUGCGAACAAGCAAACACGACUUUUUUUUUUCUUUCAUGUGAGGGGGGCGAAGCUUCCUCUGAGGCUUUAACUGGUCAGAGCAGGGCGCUUUUUACACUUUAAAUAUGGAUAACAUCUUAAAAAAAAAAACGACAACCUUGUGUUUGUGUGAUCCCUGGCAUUACCACUUAAAGCCUGCAGGGGGAGACAGCUGACCGAUAAUUACCAGAUGAAUCUGGCUGAGCUACACACACAAGCAAGAAUGAUGACAGUCAUGUUAUGACGGAUGAUUUUAAUAAAGAACUAUAUCUAAAUACUCUAUUGUGUCUUUAAGGCUCGAAAUAGAUAUAUUCCUUGUGUAUUUUGAACUGCAAACCCGUGUGACAUCAAUCUCACUGCUCUACAUUAAAGGUGCUGUUUGCCGCUUCCUCACAUUAACAUCUUUUAAAUAAAAAAA